AUGCCUUCCCCCAAGCACGUUGAGGAAGCUGCUAGCUCCGCGAGGAACUUGAAGCCAACAAUACCAAUGAGCGCAAAGAUUCCCGCCAGAAUCGCCAGGCAAUUCCAGGUUUCAAGCAAGAAAAAGGACAUUGGCCUUUUCGCUAAGUUGACCCCAUUGGCCUCGUCAGCGUGGGCGUCGAUUGUUACACUUGACCAAGUCGACAUCGCCGACGACUCCGCUCCUCAAGUCAAGCGCACGCGUCAGAGGAACAUUCCGCUCAGCGGCACCGAGAUCUACAUGCGUUCCCCUUACUACGACUUGGUCACUACAUCGGCAUAA